AAUACAAAGCCCAACAUAAUUUGAAAGACAAAACAUGGAGAGCCUGAGCUCAAAAUGGAUAGCUACCAUUGCCAGCAUAUGGAUUCAGUGCAGUAGCGGUGCGUCCUACACCUUCGGCAUCUAUUCCUCCACCCUUAAAUCCUCCCAAAACUAUGAUCAGUCAACGCUUGACACUGUUUCAGUUUUCAAAGACAUCGGUGCCAACGUUGGCGUCCUCUCGGGUCUCCUCUACUCCUUUGUCACACUCAACCACCAUACCCGUCUCCGAUUUUUACGGGGGCCAUGGGUUGUCCACGUGGUGGGUGCUCUCCUCUGCUUCGUCGGUUACUUCUUAAUGUGGGCUUCUGUUGUGGGGCUAAUUCACCGGCCAUCGGUGCCGUUGAUGUGCUUGUUUAUGUUUAUGGCGGCUCAAGCGCAGACGUUUUUUAACACGGCUAAUGUUGUGACGGGUGUCAUCAACUUCGGUGAUUACAGUGGCACGAUUGUGGGUAUCAUGAAGGGCUUUCUUGGUCUAAGUGGAGCAGUGCUAAUCCAAGCAUAUGAAACUAUAUGCAAGGGCAAUCCGAGUGCCUACCUUCUGAUUCUUGCACUUUUGCCAACUUUUGUUUCUCUUGUGCUCAUGUGUCUUGUAAACAUCAAUGGAACAAACUCUGCUGAUGAUAAGAAGCACUUGAAUGCUUUCUCUGUAGUUGCUCUGACCUUAGCUGCCUAUAUUAUGAUCAUCAUAAUUUUGGAGAACAUCUUCAGUUUUCCAUUUUGUGCACACAUCAUUACAUUCGUUAUUCUGCUGCUUCUACUUGCCUAUCCUGUUAAAAUCGCAAUCACAGCUCAGAGGGAGAAUACAGAGAGAUUAGCACAAACAUUUUCUCCAGAGAGGAGUCCAUUUGUGGACUACCCUGGGAGUGGGACAACGACAUCCCCAAAGUUUUCCACAGAACAAGAUUCUUUAGAGUAUCACCAGCUGCCUGGUGACACAUGUGAAGUGGAGGAUGUUUCUAGUGACAGAAUAUUGCCGGUGGAAGAAGACAUGAAUCUCUUGCAAGCAAUGAGAACUCUGAACUUCUGGCUGUUGUUCAUUGCAAUGUUAUGUGGAAUGGGCUCUGGGCUUGCCACAAUAAAUAAUCUCAGUCAAGUAGGGGAAUCUCUUGGUUACACAAGCACUGAAAUAAGUUCUCUGGUCUCUUUGUGGAGUAUAUGGAAUUUUCUUGGUCGUUUUGGAGCAGGGUAUGUUUCAGAUGUAUUCCUGCAUAAAAAAGGCUGGGCAAGGCCAUUUUUCAUUGCUAUCACUCAAGCAACAUUGUCUGUUGGUCAUAUUGUUGUUGCUUCUGGUGUUCCUUACACCUUGUAUGUGGGUACAGUUAUAGUAGGUGUCUGUUAUGGUUCCCAGUGGUCGUUAAUGCCUACAAUUAGUUCUGAGAUAUUUGGUGUUGGGCACAUGGGAACUAUUUUUAACACCAUUGCCAUAGCAAGUCCUGUUGGAUCUUAUAUUUUCUCCGUGAGAGUCAUCGGGUAUUUGUACGACAAGGCAGCUAGUGGUGAAAGCAACUCCUGCUCUGGUACUCACUGCUUCAUGUUAUCUUUUCUUAUCAUGGCAUCUGUUGCUUUAUUUGGAUGUCUUGUUGCAGUCCUGUUGUAUUUUCGAACGAGGAAGUUCUAUAGCCAGGUUAUUCUGAGAAGGUUGUGGCAUUCUUCCAGAUCAUGAGCAUUAGCUGAGGCAUAGUGGCAGAAAAUAAUGGCCAAUGAAAACUCCCUAUUUGCAAUUGUAAUGUGAUGCAGGUGUUAAAUAAAUUUUUAAAAGUGUGUAUUCUUUGCAUUUUUACCGAUUAUAAAGUAAUUCAUUUCUCUGGUUUUUUUGGGGAGAAAACAUGAAACAGUAUAGCUUGCCAUAUAAGUUUGUCAUUUCUUCUGGAAAAAAAGAAUUAUCUGCACUGUUUACGAGGUCA